GCUCAAACUAGUUCUAGCUCUGAGGAAGUGAAACUCAGACAGUCGCUGUCACUGAGAGGGGAAAUGGCGCAGCAAGGAGUUCAGCUGGACCGAGAAAGAUUCUGCUGUCCGAUCUGUCUGGAUCUACUGAAGGAUCCGGUGACUACUCCCUGUGGACACAGCUACUGCAUGAACUGUAUUAAAAGCUUCUGGGAUGGAGAGGAAGAGAAGAAAAUCCCCAGCUGCCCUCAGUGUAGGCAGACCUUCACACCGAGGCCUGUCCUGAUGAAAAACACCUUGUUAGCAGAUUUAGUGGAGGAACUGAAGAAGACUGGACUCCAAGCUGCUCCUGCUGAUCUCUGCUAUGCUGGACCUGAAGAUGUGGCCUGUGAUUUCUGCACUGGGAGAAAACUGAAAGCCCUCAAGUCCUGUCUGUUCUGUCUGGUUUCUUACUGUGAGAAACACCUCCAGCCUCAUUAUGAUGUGGCUCCAUUAAAGAAACACAAGCUGGUGGACCCCUCCAAGAAGCUCCAGGAGAACAUCUGCUCUCGUCAUGAUGAGGUGAUGAAGAUGUUCUGUCGUACUGAUCAGCAGUGUAUCUGUUAUCUCUGCUCUGUGGAUGAACAUAAAGGCCACGACACAGUCUCAGCUGCAGCAGAAAGGACUGAGAGGCAGAGAGAGCUCGAGGUGAGUCGACAAAACAUCCAGCAGAGAAUCCAGGACAGAGAGAAAGAUGUGAAGGAGCUUCAACAGCAGGUGGAGGCUAUCAAUAGCUCUGCUGAUAAAGCAGUGGAGGACAGUGAGAAGAUCUUCACUCAGCUGAUCCGUCUCAUGGAGAAAAGAAGCUCUGAUGUGAAGCAGCAGGUCAGAUCCCAGCAGGAAACUGAAGUGAGUCGAGUCAAAGAGCUUCAGGAGAAGCUGGAGCAGGAGAUCACUGAGCUGAAGAGGAAAGACGCUGAGAUGAAGAAGCUCUCACACACAGAGGACCACAACCAGUUUCUACACAACUACCCCUCACUGUCAGCACUCAGUGAAUCUACAUCCAGCAUCAAUAUCCGUCCUCUGAGGUACUUUGAGGAUGUGACAGCGGCUGUGUCAGAGCUCAGAGAUAAACUACAGGACGUUCUGAGGGACAAAUGGACAAACGUCUCACUGGCAGUGACUGAAGUGGAUGUUUUACUGCCACAACCAGAGCCCAAGACCAGAGCUGGAUUCUUACAAUAUUCACGUGAACUCACACUGGAUCCAAACACAGCAAACACACUGCUGUUAUUAUCUGAGGGGAACAGAAAAGUAACAUUAAUGAGACAACAACAGUCUUAUUCUAGUCACCCAGACAGAUUCACUGAAUAUUGGCAGGUCCUGAGUAGAGAGAGUCUGACUGGACGUUGUUACUGGGAGGUGGAGAGGAGAGGGGGAGGAGUUGGUGUAGCAGUCGCAUACAAGAAUAUCCGCAGAGCAGGGGGGUCAGAUGAAUGUGAAUUUGGAUCCAAUGACAAAUCUUGGAUUUUACAAUGUUUGAUAAACGGUUAUGAAUUUUAUUACAACAAUGUCGAAACCCCUGUCUCAGGUCCUCGGUCCUCCAGAGUUGGAGUGUACCUGGAUCACAGUGCAGGUAUUCUGUCCUUCUACAGCAUCUCUGAAACCAUGACUCUCCUCCACAGAGUCCAGACCACAUUCACUCAGCCUCUCUAUGCUGGACUUCGGUUAUAUUUCCCUGUUGGAUCCACAGCUGAAUUGUGUAAACUGAAAUAGACAGAAGUGAUUUCAGGGACAGUGGGUUAAAUUCUGUGUUUCAUUGCUUCGAAUGGUUUUGUUUCCAUCGUUGUUGCUGAGAGCUGAUUGUUGUGGCAUUUCUUCACUGCACAGAGAUCACCUGUCAAUCAAACAUUGUGGGCGGUACUUUGACGUCUUCUCAUUAGUUGUUGUGUAAAUGUUUAAGUUCAAUUCAAUUCAAUUCAAUUUUAUUUGUGUAGCGCCAAUUCAUAACAAAAGUUAUCUCAGGACACUUUUCAAAUAGAGCAGGUCUAGACCGAACUCCUUUGACAUUAUUUACAGAGACACAACAGUACCACCAUGAGCAAGACCUUGGAGACAGUGGCAAGGAAAAACUGCCUGUUAAGAGGCAGAAACCUAGGACAGAUCCUUCGGCUCUAGGUGGGUGGUCGUCUGUCUCGACCAGUUGGGGUGAGAGAGAGAGAGAGAGAGAGAGAGAGAGACAGAAAGAGAGAGAGAGAGACAGACAGACAGACAGACAGACAGACAGGUGCACAGCAAGAAGAGUAUUGGCAAUGGCAAUCUUGCAGGACCAUGGCAAGAGGCUCCACCAGGAUCGACGAGAACCUGCGAGAUGAGAAAGCACAAGAACUCCGGGGAAGAAGUGGAGUUAGUAACAUGCAUUAAUGGGACAUGAAUGAGUGCAGAAAGAGAGAGGAAGAGAGGAGCUCAGUGCACCAUGGGAAAUCCCCCGAUAGUCUAGGCCUAUAGCAGCAUAACUAAGGGAUGGUUCAGGACUCACCUGAUCCAGCCUAACUAUAAGCUUUAUCAAAGAGGAAUGUCUUAAGCCUACUCUUGAAUGUGGUGAGGGUGUCUGCCUCCAGAACCACAACUGGAAGCUGGUUCCACAGGAGAGGAGCUUUGUAAAUGAAGGCUCUGGCUCCUGUUCUACUUUUAGAGACUAUAGGAACCACAAGUAGCCCAGCAUUCAGAGAACGUAGUGUUCUAGAGGGGUAAUAGGGUACUAUGAGCUCUUUAAGAUAUGAAGGGGCCUGACCAUGAAGAGCUUUAUAGGUGAGGAGGAGGAUUUUAAAUUCUAUUCUACAUUUUACAGGGAGCCAAUGCAGAGAAGCUAGUACAGGAGAGAUGUGAUCUCUUUUUCUAGUUCCUGUCAGUACUCGUGCUGCAGCGUUCUGAAUUAAUUGGAGCGUUUUAAUGGACUUAUUGGGGCAACCUGAUAAAGAUAACUCCAAGAUUCCUGACAGUGGUGCUAGAGGCCAAGGUAAUGCCAUCUAGAGUAACUAUAUCUUCAGACAGUGAGUCUCUGAGGUUUUUGGGGCCAAGAACAAGAAUUUCGUUUUUUUCUGAGUUUAACAUCAGAAAAUUGCAGCUUAUCCAGGAUUUUAUGUCUGUAAGACAUGUUUGUAAUUUAGAUAAUUGAUUAAUUUCAUCAGGCUUGAUCGAUAGAUAUAACUGCGUAUCAUCUGCAUAACAGUGAAAGUUAAUGGAGUGAUUCCUAAUAAUGUUGCCUAAAGGGAGCAUAUAUAAAGUAAAUAGUAUUGGUCCAAGUACAGAACCUUGUGGAACUCCAUGACUAACUGUAGUUUUUAUUGAAGAUUCAUCGUUAACAUGUACAAACUGCGAACGAUCUGAUAAAUAUGACUUAAACCAGCUUAGUGCGGUUCCUUUAAUGCCAAUUUGAUGCUCAAGUCUCUGUAAGAGAAUAUUAUGGUCAAUGGUGUCAAAUGCAGCACUAAGAUCUAAUAAUACAAGUACUGUUACGGCCGCCGCUGGCUGUCAUUUAGUGUAUAUUCAUUGUGGUGUUUCAUGUGUGAUUCCCUGUUGAGGAUUGGUCCUUCUGGAGCAGAGUCCGCCUACUUCCUGGUUGCUGUCCCCUGGCAUCAGUGAUUGGUGUGGCUGCAAUUCCACUGAAGCUACCAAUCAGGAGUCUUCAAUCAACCCCAGCUGCACUUAAAUAAAUAGCUUGUGUGUCCACAGUUCAGGGCGGCUGUGAACUAGUGAUCAGUUCGCCUCGCUGUUGGUUGCACACCAUUGUGUUAGUUUAGAGUGUCUGUACUUUCUAGUAUUGCCUGGCUGUUAUCUGAGUGGAUUCAGCCAGUGCCUUUGUAAUCUUUUGUGACCUUUUAAGUUGCUCAAUAAUUGCUGGUUUGGUUUUUGGUUCACUAGUUUGUAAGCUUAUGGGUGCUGAUCUCUUUUUGUUCUUUAAUGUUAUCCAGUCAUUUUCAUUUUGUGUACUAGUUAUUUGUCAGCACCUGUAUAGCCUCUCUUUUGUUAUAUUUCAUUGUGCAAGCACACUCUCCUUAGUUAAUUAAAACACCUGAUUUUAACCUGAACCUGUCAAUUGUUGUAUUCCAUCUCUUUUCCAAUUCCAAUUGUAUGUUACUGCUCUCCAAAUUGAGCCGGGUCGUAACAGUACAGAGACAAGUCCAUUGUCUGAAGCUAUCAAAAGGUCAUUAUUAACUUUAACCAGAGCUGUCUCUGUGCUGUGAUGAACUCUAAAUCCUGAAAUAAACUAUUGUUAUGUAGAAAGUCACACAACUCUUUGGCGACUACUUUCUCCAGAAUCUUAGAGAGGAAGGGGAGGUUAGAGAUCGGUCUAUAGUUGGCUAAAGAGUGGGCUUUUUAAGAAGGGGUUUAAUUACAGCUACUUUAAAGGACUGUGGUACAUAUCCUGAUAAUAAAGAAAGAUUAAUCAUAUCCAGUAAAGAAGUGCCAAUUAAGGGAACAACUUCUUUAAGCAGCCUAGUUGGGAUCCGGUCUAAUAGACAGGUUGAUGGCUUCGAUGAAGAAAUUAUUGAAGUGUCUUUAGGUGGCGCUCCUUCCUGUGUCUGUUUAGCCAUGGAGGCUAUCACUGCUCAUGAUGACUGUUGUUUACCUGAACUGAUAUUUCUCUGCAUGAAAAUGUAAACUUGUGUUUGUUGAAUAUUUGUAAUGAUGUAUUUGUAUGUUGUUGUUUCUCUUCCACUGUAUGGGUCUAAGAGAGAAAGCAGCAGACCUUCCUUUAUCGGAGAUAUUCUGUUCUCACCGCUUUGGAAAGAAAUCUUUAAUCACAUUUAUUUGUUUGUUGUUGUUGUUGUUUUUGAUGUCCAAAUCCACGUACAAAUGAGGAACUAUGAGGGAUUAUAAAAGUGUAUUCAGCAUGAUGAUAAUCAAUAAGCAGAUGAUUGAUUGUUUCCUUGUACAUAGCUGAGAUUCUGCUCCAACAAACUGAUUGUGUGGAUGAAGUGAAUCUGUACAUGAACUCAUUGAACAAGAGUCAUUGAACAGACUUUACUGAUGGGAUGUGUGAACAAACUGAAGCUUUACAUCAUGAAUAAACAAACAUGAACAAAG